GUGUUAGUACGAAGAGCUUGCCGUUCCCCUUCAAGCCCGUCUCCCCAUCCUCAACACGGCCUACAAACAUCCUGCAAAUCCCCAGGCCAUUCUCCGGGUUCACAACAUGCUUGGUCAGAUGUUUUCAACGGCCGUCAACCUCUUUUGCAGGACCCACAACAUCGCCCCGGCUUCCAUCCACCUCAUAGGCGCGCAUGCCGCCAUAGUUCCUCCUUUUACAACGCAUCUUCCAUCCGGCCCCGAAGCCACAGAUACAAACUCGGCCUUACAAACUUGGGGUACUCAUAUCGCGGAAGAAACAGGCAUUACGACGGUGACGACCCAUCGAACGACAGGACAAUCCGCCAACACACGCGGCCCGGGGCCCGGGGCUUCCCUAGACAUGCUCCUCCUGCAGCACCCGACCAAGUUCCGCGUCUGCCUAACCGUCAACGACGCGGUGAGCAUCAGCAUCGUGCCUCCUUCCAACUCCGCCGCCUCCAACACCGCUGUCAGCCUCGACUGCGGGCCGGGCACAAUGUUCAUCGACUACGCGGUACGCUAUGCGACGUCGAACCAGCUGGAACACGACCUCGAAGGGAGCUACGGCGCGCGCGGAACCGUCAACAUGGGUGUCGUUGACCGUUUCCUCGAGACGCACGACUACACCAAUCGCGCACCGCCGCUACACAUCGCGACCGAAAUGUUCGGCCACCACGAGGCGCAGGGCCUGAUCGACGAGUGCCUCUUCCUAGGCAUGUCCGACUUCGACAUCAUCGCCACCGUCACGCGCAUAACGGCGGAGAACAUGGCGCGCCAGUACCGCAGGCUGAUUACCGGCCUCUUCGGGCCAGACCACAAAGUCGACGAGAUUUUCAUCUGCGGGCCGGGCGCGCGCAACACAGCCAUUGUCGACUACUUGGAGGACGUGCUGCCCGAGGAGGUCAUCACCCGGCCGCUAGACGACAUAGGCAUACCAGGAGAUGCGAAGGAGUCUGUCGGCGCUGCACAGUUGGGGCUGGAAGCUGUGCUCGACCUGGCGGCUACGGACCUAGAGCGCAAGGAAUCGGCGUCGUCACUUCGGCAUACGGCGGCGGGCAGUGUGGUGCGUGGAAACCAGUGGGAAGUCAUCCGCAAGCAGGUGCUGCUGUUCAGCAACGGCGCGCCGCUAGGACCCAUCCAGCGCCUCAUCGUCGACGGCGACACGAGUGGUGACCGGCGGAAACAGCCGAAGGGCGACUCCAAGAUCGCAGCCCUGUGAGGACAGAGGGACGACAGCGAACACGAUACGAUGGCAUGACGAGGACCUUUACGAACGAACGAUCGAUCGACCGGUUACCCGCGCUUCAGCAGCGACACCGUACUCAUCUCAUAUACCUUCCUUCUCUUCACGAUACACACAAGGCUUAUAAUGCGGAGGGCGGCGUUGGCGGCGCGUGCUUCUGUUUUUUCGAAAGUGCUUCGAUAACGGAACUCUGGGAUUUACUAGAUGACGGCUUUCUCGUGAUAUUUAUGCCGCGAGGAGAAACCCAAGCUGGGGCACGUCACGGGAUGUGGCGAAUCGGAUGUCGAUAGUUUCCUUAUUCGACGACUAUGGAAAUGUCCCACGCAGUUUGCUGUCGCAUGUCGUGCGGUGUUCUU